GCGCGAUAAUAGGAUGCUAACUUGUUUGUCACAAUUUUGAUGUCCCCCAAGAAUCUGUCCUGAGAAUAUUUCCUUCUGAGUUUCUCAGUUCAAUAUAAACCGGAUUUACAAACAUGGUUCACUAAUAUUUAUUAUAAACCUAAAAAGUGAUCAAUGAUUAGAUCAAGUGUAAAUUUUGUCUUGAUUUCAGCCUCAAAAUCGUUCAACCAGUUCCGGACUGCUUCGAACAAAUCGUUCCAUAAAAAAUUUGGAGUUCUCAAUAAAACCAUUAGUAAUCCUAAAAAGAUCACAUUAUUUCUAGGUGCUCUUUCAUGCGGAGGUUUCGCAGUGUUCUACAUUACGAAACCUAAAAAGAACAAUGUUAUUACAUUAGAGGAGCUUGCAAGACAUAAUAGCAAAGAAACUGGAGUUUGGGUUUCUUUUAAAGGAAAAGUUUACGACGUUACCAGUUUUGUUGAUGAGCAUCCUGGAGGUGACAAGAUCUUACUGGCUGCCGGGUCUGAUGUCGGACCCUUUUGGUCGGUGUAUGCAUUCCACUACGAAGAACAUGUCUUAAAGAUACUAAAUAAAUAUUAUAUUGGAGAGCUAGAACAAUUGGAUCAGAGUGACGAAGAAGAGAGUGCAAGCGUUUAUGAUUCUGAUCCUAAAAGAAGUCCAUUGCUCAGUAUAGUCACUAAGCGUCCCUUCAAUGCUGAAACCUCUAUUCCACUGAUAAAUGACAAUCCAAUUACUCCAACAGAACUUUUUUUCGUAAGAAAUCAUCUUCCUGUGCCCACAGUUGAUCUUAAAACAUACAGACUAGAAAUCACCUCUCCAGUUGUAAAGACUAACAAUCAGUCAUUAAAAUUAUCGCUUAAAUUAGAAGAUAUCCAAAAGAAUUAUCCUCAGAAAAGUUUAAUUUCUACAAUUGUUUGUGCUGGAAACCGACGUAGAGAUAUGAUAAAAUUUGAUAUUGAAAAAGCCCAAAUGGAAGAUCGUAGUCCAUAUGUGAAAGGUUUAUCAUGGUCUGGAGGAGCCAUCUCAACAGCAGAAUGGACUGGUGUACCAUUAGUUGAUCUAUUGGCUUAUCAUCUUCUUCCAGUAAAUCAAAGGACAGACUACCAGGCGCUGCGCAAUCUGCUUAAAAAUGCAGGUGUAUGCCAUAUCCGAUUUGAUGGGUUGGAUAUUGACCCUACUGGUGGAGUUUUUGGGUCAUCAUUGCCGAUUGAUUUAGCUUUAGAUCCAAACAGGGAAAUAAUAGUUGCCUAUGAAAUGAAUAGAAAACCACUUACACGAGAUCAUGGUUUUCCGUUAAGAAUUAUUAUACCAGGUUCUAUUGGAGCACGUCAAGUGAAAUGGUUGUCUCAGAUCACUUUAUCAACAGAUGAAAGUGAAAGCUUUUGGCAACAAGGAGACUAUAAAUAUGUCCUACCAAUGGCCGAUGGCCAUAUUCCUUCUACGAGUCAAUUGCCAGCUAUUUUAGAUUAUCCUGUUCAAUCACUCAUUUGUACACCUUCUGAUGGUCAUACUAUAGAAAAUACUGGUACUAUUACUGUAUCUGGCUAUGCAUUUAGUGGAGGUGGGCGUGGAAUUAUUUCUGUUCGCGUUUCCACUGAUAAUGGCAAGUCUUGGCAUGAGGCUGAAUUAACACCUGUAAGUCCUCCUGCAGAAGGGCAUCCUGAUAACGAUUUGAAGAAUAAUUCUCCUGCGGAAAAUCGUAGUAUGAAGCAAUGGGCUUGGACAAUGUGGUCUGCGAAAAUUCCAAUUCCUGAAGGUAGUCAUGAAAUAGAACUGGUAUGCUCAGCUGUUGACAGUGCUUACAAUACUCAACCAGAAGAAUGUACAGCUUCACUGAAUGUACGUGGCCUACUGACAAAUUGCUGGCAUCGAAUAAAAAUUAAGAUUUCUGAGACUAAAGUCUGAAUAAUGCAGUAUAUAUAUUUUUUUUGAAAAAAUAAACACCUAUUUUAAUCAAAGUUAUCAUGAAGUAAGAAAAAACAAAACAAUUCUCAAAUGUAUUUCUAUUUCUAAGUUUCAUGCUAUGUACAUAUUUUUGUUUUUUCAUUCUUCUUUGUUGUAAAACAAUUUUAAAAGAUUUUUUUUGUGAAAUUUAUAAUCCUUUCUUUCAUUCCAUAUUUUGUUUGCUAGAAAUGUCUUCACACGUAGUUCUCACUGAUUCGGAUAUAUUUUUGUCUAAUAAAUAAAUAAAUAGGGUUCUAAUUGUAGUACAUUAGAAAUGGCAUUCAAUAGAGCUAAUUGUAUGGUCAUAUGAGUAUAUAAUAAUAUAUGAAAAGAGUUAUUUCCUUUUAUUCAUAUCUCAUGGUAUUUCUUUUACAAAUAAGAGAGUAUUAUUCGUGUGUUUGUUUGUCUUCUGCUGAAUAAACUUACUAAAAGUGAUAUUUUUUUACUUUUCAUUAUUUAAAAAAAACUAUAUGCACUUGAAUAUGGCUUGAUGUAGUUGAUGUUUUGCAGCAGUGGGAGAUGAGAGGUUUAGUAACAGACUUUUAGUAACGAAUAAUACGCUGUGGUUAUACGUUUAGAGCCACAUUAGAAGUUGGCUGGGUCACAAGAGAAUAAAAUGUUCUGAUUGGUUGGUGAUUGGCCAAUCGUUUGACGCUGAGACGAAAAGUUGUCCUAUGAGGUUAUUUUACGUCCAUAUAGUAAACUUGACCCAGAUUUGAGGAAUUAACAUUUCUACAUCUUCAAUGAUUAACUUGCAAUGUUGAUUUCACUUGUUUGGCCGCUUCGUAUCAAUCUGCAUCUAUAUAUUACUUGUUAAUCUUGUCAGUAGCACACACACAACAUUAUGAAGCUGUAUUUAGUUAUUUCUUAAUGUGUCUGUUUUCCUUCAGAAAUAUAAAGCGAUUAGUUUCCAUUUAUGAAUUUCAACAGAACAACAUUUGAAACGUGUAAUGUGUUCGUUUGACCUAUUUUGGCGAUCCUGAUUACAAAUAACUUUGUCACACGUAUUUAUAUAUAAGGUAACCGUGUGUAUAGGAUCAAAAUUUAAUCAGUAUAACUACUCAGGAAUGACUCAUCGAUUUCUGAGGAUUAGGGCUACCAUAACACAUUCCUAAGGGGGUUUAAAGAACAAACGAAAUCAUUUAACUUCAUCUAUUGCAAGACAAAUCAUAGAGUUGAUAUGAAUAGGGCCUUUAAACCAGGUUUGGGUUGUAUAUUUAAACUCGUUCAAGCCUGAGCUAUUAAAAUGCCUUAAACUUGUUUUAUAUGUACAAAAAUUAGUUGUUUUACUUACUUAUUGUUCAUUUCACUUAAUAACUGUUUCACCC